UUAACCACUCGGCCACGGGGCCAGCCCCUAUUUUGACAAUGUUUUGAUAUUUAAUAUUUAACCUUAGGUAUACCGUCAGUGCCAUUGGACCCAAUUUUUGUUGAAUUUCGUUUGUGAGCAGUUUUUUCAUGACUUAUUUCUUAGAUUUUGUAUUUUAAAAAACUGCAAUAAAACACCGUGAAAUUACCGCGAGCCCGUUGGACGGUUUGCAAGUCUAAGAUCUGUAUGACCUUACUGAUGUCCUAUAUUUGAAAUAUUUGGUAUUUUAUCCUAGGACUCCUUUCUUCUUUACUCAUUUGUCAUUCUCAAGUAUGCUAAAGACGAAGAAAAGUGGAAAAUGGAAGAAGGAUAGCUUCCCCUAUAAGGGAGAUGCAGUAGUAAAAUGAGGCAUCGUCUUUUUUCUAUUUUGCUCAAGAUAUUGUAAAAUUUUCGAAGGAGAUAGAAAGGAACACAAAGGGCACCACUGUUGUAGUCUGUUAGCCUUUCAUUCAGAAGUUUGAGAAUUCAGAACUUUUAAAUUACUACGCAUAGUGGUAAAGGGGUAAUAUGGAGAUAAUAUGCCGAGGACGAAGUUUCACAGUGACUUUGAUGAAUCACAGGAAGAAUGGGAAGAGGCCAUAAAUGAAAAUCCCAGACCAGGAGUUUAAAGUGGCCUGUUGGAUUGAGAUGAUAAAUCGUGAUGAUGAUUUUUCCUGGUAUACUGGGGCCACAGUCUACCUUCUGGCUGUGUAAAAAUUUUUCUUCCGAGUUCCUAUCUGCUCUUGGGAAAUUGUAUUUUGGCCACUAAUUGUACAAUAAUACUCAUAAUUGUACAUUACUAUAUGGCUAAUGACAAAAUUAUGUUUCUUACUGUUACGGAAAAACGGAUACUUUCUUUGGAAAUGACACUGCUUUUCUGGACUCUUGUUCCGUUGGAUAGAUUUAGGAGGCACAAGUCAGAAAGUGAACUGGUGAAUAAAAGUUUUAGGUUUUAGAAUUUGAUCUGAAAUGGACAGUUCCUACAUGAACGUGUUAAAGGCUUUGUAUAUGAUUUUGCCUUAAUUUACAUAUAUUGGCACAAUCUGACUACCUGGAACUUUGCGUUACUUGGAUACAGUUCCUACAUGAACGUGUUAAAGGCUUUGUAUAUGAUUUUGCCUUAAUUUACAUAUAUUGGCACAAUCUGACUACCUGGAACUUUGCGUUACUUGGAUACAGUUCCUACAUGAACGUGUUAAAGGCUUUGUAUAUGAUUUUGCCUUAAUUUACAUAUAUUGGCACAAUCUGACUACCUGGAACUUUGCGUUACUUGGAUACUAGCUGUUUGUGUUGGCAUUCAUAUGUUCAGGGAAACUACCACAUUGACAAAUUUAUAUCGUCAAUUCUGUUAAAAGCAAAGAACCAGUGACGAAUAAAACAGUUUUCAGAAGGACUUGGAGAAUACGUAUCUGGAAUGGAUUCUCUUGACUAUGCAACAGCAUCUGAUUCAGCUGUGCAAAUUGAAAAUCAAAGUGAUAACUCUUCCUCGGGUAGCAGCUUAUUUAAAACUCAGUGUGUUCCUUACUCACCUAAACGGAGGCAAAGAAACUCUAUUAGAAAAUUUGUUCAUUCGCCUGAAAGUGUUCAAGCAAGAGAUUCAUCUAGUGACUCAUCUUUUGAACCAAGACCACUGACUUUAAAAGCUAUUUUUGAAAGAUUCAAAAAAAAGAAACGUAAGAAGAGGAAAUAUAAGCCAACAGGAAGACCAAGGGGAAGACCAAAAGGAAGGAGAAGCACGAGAUGCUCGCAAAUAACUAAGAAACAUAUUAGAGACAGAGGACCUGGGUUCCCAUUUUUAGAAUCAAAGAAUGGAAGAAGACCAUUACCUUGGAGAAAAAUUUUAACCUUUGAGCAAGCAGUCGCAAGAGGAUUUUUCAACUACCUUGAAAAACUGAAGUAUGAGUACCACCUCAAGGAAUCCUUGAAACAAAUGAAUGUUGGUGAAGAUUUAGAAAAAGAUGACCUUGAUAGUCGUAGAUAUAAAUACUUGGAUGACGAUGGAUCUCUCUCUCCUAUUGAAGAGUUGGCAGCAGAGGAUGAGGUUGCAGCAAAUCUUGAACAUGAUGAUGAGUGUGAUAUCAAAUUGGUGGAGGACAGUUGUUUCAUAAUAAGUUCUGAAUUACCAAAGAAGAUGAGUGUAUAUUUAGAACAAGAGGAAUAUACUGGAGAAGAUGCUUUGUCUAAAAAGAGGGCAUCAAAGUCCAAAAACAUUGGACAGAAUGGCCUGAAAAGAAAAUAGGUAUAUAAAUGUCAUGGUAAGCAGAAUUGAGAAAAAGGAACAUUUGGAGAAAGUAAAGAUGAUGAAUGUAUAUAUACGUAUACACAUGCGCGUGCGCCAUCCUUGUGAUGAAAAAGAACCUUUCAAGGAGAAAAUAAAAAGAACUUGAACAAAUUUGAAAGAAACUCCUAAAGAAUAAGAAGUAAUGAGAAGAUACUACUUUUUUUGCCUAUACUUGUUUAUUUCAGGGUAAGAGAGCUUACAGGCAUCAAUUGAGCACUGGAUCAAAGUAGUACAGAGAUUGUAAUCCUAAAAGUGAAAUGUUAGUUAUAAUAAACACUGAUUCAUAACCAACCACCCUCUUUAGGGUACGUGAAACCCCCCAUUUUUAUCCCAGUUUUAUUCAGACAAGUGACCUUUAGUAUCAAAUGUUUAAUACUGUAGUAAGAACUUACUAAUUUUCCCUUCCUAACUACCUAGGAUAUUUCGACUACCAUUUUCUUCACUAUUGUAUUUUGUCAAUUAUGCUACUAUAUAUACUGCAUUUUAUGAUAGCACUUGUGUUUGUUUUUGUUUAAUUUGUGGACAAAGACUUAGAGACAGGUGCAGAAAAUAAAACCUCUUUUGCAACCCAGAGCUCAUUGUUCAGUAUGAGUUUUGAUACAGAUAAGAAGGAACAUUGUAUCUAAAGCAGAAUAAAGUGAUGAGGGUGGGGUAUUGAUAAACAAAGGUUGCUUCCAGGCUAUAGAAUUGAUAAUUAAAAUAGCAUAUAAGGGGAAUCUUGGCCCUAUUGGUUUUUGAUGUUGACAUGAAAGAUGGCUUCCUUUUUUUUAUUAGGCUUUUAUUUUGAGAACACAAUGUCUGGACUUAAGGUAUGUCUUAUGCUUUAGGUGAGUUUUUGUAUCUGAUUUGUUGAAGUGUAGUAUGUUGUCACGUAAUUUAAAUGUCCACAGGUCUCAUUAUUGAAAGACAUUUUUGCCAACUUUUAAUUUCUGUUUAUGAUGUCAUUUCAGAAAAUGAAUCUUAGGAUUCACACAUUUUAUAGUGAUAUUGUGCCAUCUUCCCUUUUGGAGUAAAGGGUCCCCAAACAAUCUUAGGCUAUAGCAAUAAUCAGAAUCUUGGAUAUUGCUGCCACUUGAAGCAUAUACAACAUUAUUUUUAAUUAAUGCAUAAUCUAACGAGGUAGAAGAUACAAUAGUGUAAUGCUAGGAUACAAGAUUUCAUAAACCUCAAUGAUAAAGUUUCAUUAAAAAGCACCCAAUAUGUUUGUCUUCUACUUAUUUCCAAAUAUAGCCACAUUAAUAUUUUUCUUGGUUUUUAUAACUGAUACCAAAUGAGAAAAUAUUUUAUAUAGUUAUUAAAUUGAAGCAAAAGUUCAGCUGAAGUAAAAAUUUCGCUGUAAUCUGGGAAUUUCAAAGGUAAAACAUUGCAGUGUUGAAGUUCAUAAAAAUCGAGACUUCAGUUUAUACAGGUAAAUUUUUUCCUUUGGAUCAUCUGUAGUAGGUAGUUGGCAUAUUUUCAUCAGUAUAUACUCAGCUGUUCCUAAGCAGCAUUGUUAAAGUCAUUACCAAGUGAUUAAUUUAUGGGAUGAUUUCUUUAAAUCUCUUUUAAAUGGAUGUUUGUUUUUAUGCAAUUUUGAAUUCAUCCAAAAGGCUAGAGCAAAUUACAGUUCUGGUAAUAAUUGAAAAUUUAGACUUUUGUUUAUUUAUAUUUUUUAAAAGGUGUAAAUAGUGGUUGAGGUCUAUCCCGAUGGGGCUUUUUCUGUAGACCCACAUCGUUGGAAACGCCUCAUAGAGUAAUUAUGUGGUUUCCUUUACUCACAGAACUGUGUGUUAGAUCUGUGGGAAAGAACUACAAGACAGCUGCUAAAAGUAUGAAAGACGUAAUAGUCAAUUUUUUUUAUCCUAGGUAUUGGCCUAUCCCAAGGUCUAUACUGUUCUAGGGUGAGACAGCUUAGGAGUGAAUAUGAUUUGAACUUACUCAUGUGUAGAGGGUGUGUGACAUGGAGAACCAGUCAUCCAUGGACUCUGAUCCUAAACAUGGCCCUAAAGUAAAUUGGUUGAAGAAAUUGGAUCCUAAAGAUUAGAGGUGGAGAAUUUUUAAAGUAUGUCCAUAUUCAAGUGGAGAUCAAAGAAUCCCAACUGAAAGAAUUGUGGCAAAUCAGCACUGUCCAAUAUAAAUACAACACCAUCUAAUAGCCAAAGGUAAUGAAUGAGACUGGAUGACAGUCAUUUUUCAAAUUCUCACCAUUCAUGCCUAGUGGCGGUUGUUCAGUGCAUGCCUGGAUCUCUCGAGUGUUGGCAACUAUCUUUUGCCUGGUUAAUCUUUCUGAGUUCCUAGAAACCAGGCAGCUUCUAAUGUAAUAGAACUAACAGGGAGGGCUGGUUUCAGAAUUUACUUGAGUAUCUCUGGAAAUGGAACCUUACUGUUUAUAUUCUCUUAUAGAAUUGACUGACAUGACAACCAUGGAUUGAGCAAAAUUUUUUAAAAGGGCUGUCUUGAAGAUAUGACUCAAACUUUGGAGGAAUGGAAGGAAUCACAACAUGAAAUUACUUAAAUAAAAAUUUAUUGACUGGAA